AUGUCUGCCACGGCUACAUACGGCAACGCCGCGGACAAGGGGUAUUCCAGCGGCAGCGAAGAUGGACAAGCCACAGGCCAGCGAAAGGCGCUGGCUACGACCAACGGCACCAACGGCGCCAACGGGUCAUCAGCGUUACCAUUGCCACCAACUUCGGAUUACCUGUCGCAACCUGCGGGGGGUCUGCUGAAGGGUGCAACAGACGAGAAUGGUCACCUCAAGCCCGCUGCUCUAAUGGUUGGCCUCAAACUGGAUCUAGAGGCAGAGGUCCAUUUGACAGCCCGCAUUCGUGGUGACAUCACGAUUGGCUUGUACUGA